GUCACAGACAAUUCCAAUUUCCCAAGUUACUUAAAUGUCUCACUCUGAACCGCUUUCUCGAUACGAAGGAAAACAAAGGCCGAUAACAUUGGAAUUUGUUUGGGAGACGUUUUUUUAAAUGUAGCCAUCUACGGGAGCUGGACGACGACAUAUAUCAGUACGCGGCAAUUUCGAUGAUCCAUCAGCAUUCCUCAUGAUACAUCAUCAUUAAGUCUACUUUCAUACUUGUGAAGGAUGGCUAGUUGUGGGGAGAUAGAUCACUCUGUUAGCUCAAUUCCCCCAAGUAAGAAAGGGAGCAGCAACAGCGGUGCUGCCGGAAGUGGGAACAGUGCCGAAUCAUCUGGUUCCAGCAACACAUCGCCGGCCCUGUCUGUACCAGAAUGUGCUAUCUGCCUGCAGAGCUGCGUCCACCCUGUGCAACUGCCAUGCCACCACGUUUUCUGUUUCCUCUGUGUAAAAGGAGCAUCCUGGCAAAGCAAGCGCUGUGCUCUUUGCAGACAGGAAGUGCCAGAUGACUUCCUGGAAAGGCCCACACUUCUCUCUCCAGAAGAGCUCAAAGCAUCAGCAGGGGGUCGUGGUGGGGCAGCGAGCGAUCAUGCCUGGUAUUACGAGGGCCGCAAUGGCUGGUGGCAGUAUGAUGUGCGAACCAGUCGAGAGCUGGAGGACGCUUUUUCGAAGGGCAAGAAGACUGCAGAGAUGCUCAUUGCCGGGUUUUUGUAUGUAGCUGACUUGGAGAACAUGGUACAGUACAGGCGCAAUGAACAUGGACGUAGACGCAAGAUGAAGCGAGACAUUUUGGAUAUUCCCAAGAAGGGAGUAGCUGGACUGCGUCUGGACACUGAGAGCGUCACCGCGGCAAUUGCGGCAGCAGGUAGGGAAAACUCUGCUGAUGGAGCUGAUACCACAGCAGCAGGCGUACAGCAGCAGGUCCCUGGCAUCCCUCCGCCUGUUGUAGCACCUCCACCCUCUUCAAGACCACCUACUUCCUUGGGUGGUCAGCCUGACAACAGCAGCCCCUCUCUGGAGGACGCCCUUUCACAACUACAAAUCAGCCACAGAGCCACUCCAUCUUAUGAACGAUCUAGCGCAGGCGAAGGAGUGGAAGAAGAUGAGGAGGAAGAAGAGGCUUCACCCUCCAGGUCUUCUGAUCCUCACACCUCCGUUGAUGAAUCUGGCUCUGGAGACUGGAGUGACGAUGAGGAAGAGGCUAACGACGAGGAGGGUGGGGGUGGAAAUGAAGAACAUGUGGAGCCAUGGGAGGGUCAGCCUCGGCGACAAAGACUGAACCCAGAGGACCGAGCUCUCCCUGGUGCGGAGUCCACCUCUCCCCCUUUGUCAUCUAGAAGUGGAAGGUCCAGAAUGCCCGAUGGUCAGUGUACAGUAACAGAAGUGUGAAGUUAUCAGUGUAUUUGUUCCUUAAUCAAUAACUGCCGUGUUCCGUUCCAUUAAUUUAUUAUAUACUUUGUACACACAUUCACUGUCACAGCUCAAACUUUUCUUUUUGAGCAGCUCUGACUGACUGCUGCCUGUAAAGAGUCAUUUGAUUAGUAAAAUUCUAAGCCUAAACACCAUCGGAUGUGUAAUAAAGACCUGUGACAUGAGAGUGAAGAGCAAGAAUGGCUCGUUCACUUCCAUAAAUGGAACUGCAUCCUUGUCAUCAACAUGAGCGGUUGCAUUCUCAUCAUCUUUAACUCUCUCCGCUAACAUGACACCCAUAGAACCCAUGAAACUUACUUACUAUGUGGCUCAUUUUGACUAACUCCCGUCCUACUGUUGACUCAGAUUCAACAAAUAACGAAGUUUCGAUCAAAAUUCUUAGUGCUAACAUUUGAAAUCAUCUUGAGGCAGGCUGUUUGCUCAAUGUCCCCAUUAGGAACCUAAUUAACAUGUAAUGUUUUACUACAUAGUCAUUGUGUGGAGCUUACAAGAGAAUAUUGCUGCCCAAUGAGGUUGGAUCGCAGGUUUCUGAAUGCAGCGAAAUAUUAAAGGUAAUAGUUUUUAACAUUAAAAAAAUAAACUAAAUAUAACAUGGUUUUAACUUUUGAGGUAAUUGAAAAAUAAAUGUGAAGUAUUGGUGUUGUCCUUUUAAAAGUUGUCAUUGCCUCUGUUCACUCAAGUGUGCCACUAAAGAUAUAAGAAUAGUGCAUGUUUGAAGAGAGAGUUAAUGCUACAGGUUGGUAAGAUACUAUUGAUAUUUUGGGUUUAGUGUGGAUAAAUGUUCUGGUUUUCCUUUUGUUUGACAUUGGUUUUCAUUUUUAAAUUACGUGCAAGACAGAAUGAGACGACAUGUCAUUCCAAAACGGAGUCGUUUUGUUUUCUCUGUCUAGUUUAUUUGCCUAAACUUUCUAUUCUGAAUAAUUAAAUUUUUGUAACUGUCUUCGCUUGGCAAUUUUUUACUUUGUAAUUUAAGAAUAAAUUGUCAUUUCAUCAGUCUAAAA